AUGGCCAUAGCGAUGCAUGGCCCCCACUCCCAGCACAUUGUCGCGCUGGUCAAAAAGCUAGAAGCAGGUAGUCCAGAGGACGAUUUGCUUCCUUUAAGUUGUGCAGGAUGCGGGAAAAUGCAGGAGCCCGGUGAAAAAACACUCCAAUGCUCAGCUUGUAAAGCUGUAAGGUACUGCAAUGCCACAUGUGCAAAGCGAGACUGGAAUGGUGUUGUCACUCCGCGAGGGGUUGAGGAGCCCCAUAGAAAUACAUGUCCUAAUUUGAGGAACUCAAUGAUGAAAGCCCCGGAUAUGCGAGCCAUCGCAAAACAAUUCCCAUGGGUGCGCGAGCAAAAAGAUGGAACAUUCGAGUUUCUCAUCCUCCGUUCCUCUCUGAAUCUCGCCGGGACCGGCCGCAAUUUUGGUCGGUGGACCGAGCGUCCGUGUUGCAACGACAGAACGCAGUACAUCUCUGGCUCUAUGCUCUUAGAGACCCAGCAUUUACGUGAACGCCAAGGCUGGCUCCUGCCUGGCGCGCAUAUUCCAUGGCUUGACUUUAGUGAGAGCCCUCAACCCCCGCCGAGACCGCUCCCAGCGGAAUUCGAGCACACAUGGCAGAACUGCUACGGGUGGCGUGGACUGCCGAUUGAAUCACUGUCAUGUCUUCUACUGCAUUGGCCGCUCACUGUCUUUAGGCUUCUCCACCUACUACACUUGGCGCCUUCAAAGAUACCGUCGCAGCGUCGACAGCUAAUUGUCCAUUAUCUGGGCGCCGAAAAAGAGCUUGAUUUCUUACCUAUUUAUGGUGAACUGGCGCUCUUGCUGCCCAACACCGACCUUGAUUUGGUCUUCUUCGGACCUGGCGUGCCGCCCUUACCCAAAGAAGCAAAGAAGAAACCAGGGGGGGGGCAAUUCUGGGAUGGGGUCGGUUUGAAGCCGACUUCGAAACUUCCGGACGCUAUGAUCGCCUGCAAUGCGGGGCUCUCGUCUUAUAUGGAGUGGAAGCCGGCUGUCGUCGCAUCCAGAGCUCUGAGCAUUCCCUUCGCCGUCACGGAUUUUAACGAAAUCUCCGUCCGCAGUGACAUCAGCCUCGUCUUCAAAAUGCUUCCAAUGUGGGCAGGCAUGGUCCAGUGGCCGGUCGGAAGAGCUAUGACACGGUCGGAGCAGCAGAGGGUCGAGGAAACUCCUGGAGCGCAUUUCGAGCUAGGCUUGAACCCUUUUAUGCACCUGGGUCCUAGGCAGGAGGUCAACACCCGCGUACCGAGCUCCGUCAGUGGUUUCGAAAUGGUCGUCACACCCGCCGGUGCUCAUUCCUCAAUACAAUCCUUUAACGAAGCACCCGAUCCAGAGUGA